AUGGCGACGCCCUUUGAGCAUCAGUGUCAUCAGAUCGAGCGUCUUCUAGCCAUUAGGAGCGUCCAUAGAGACGCUGCACACCGAAAUUCACAGGGUAAAGGUCCAUUGGGAAGCAGACAAAUGAAUAAGUCUAAUACUGGAAGCGGCAGCUCGUUUAAUUCCAUGUCAACCCAUAUGAUGAGUGGUGCACAUCUGGGAACUCUUGUGCAGAAUUUCAAAAGCAAGUCCAAUCGGAGACAGGUUGCUUCACAAACCCAAACAAGUGGCAACUAUAAGACCCCAUACAAAUAUGGGGUUGACGGAAACUAUCCUUUCCAGCAAACUCCAGCAGAGUAUGUCAAUGCUAGUAACCCAAUGAAUCUAUUGCAGCAGCUACAAAGACAGCAGCAGCAGCAGCAGCAACUCUAUAUCCAACAACAACAGCAACAGCAACAGCAACAACAACAACAACAGCAACAACAACAACAACAGGUUCAACAACAGCAACAACAACAACAACAGGUUCAACAACAGCAACAACAACAACAACAGGUUCAACAACAGCAACAAAAUGGAAACUUACUUGAGUCUUUCCUGUACCAACAACUAUCAAACCAAAGCCAGCAAUCUCUACAUUCUCCUGCAUUGACAGCGGCAUCAAUUGGGUUCGACUAUAAUAAUCUCACCAGCUCUACCUUAAAUACUCCUACAGAAGAGAAAAAUCCAGAUAUCUUCGGUAAUGGAUCCAUCAACAAUAACAUGGUCGAUCCAACGUCGCUUUUACCGCUCUUUAAUAGAACCCCUUCCUCUACAUCAAAUAAUGAUACCCCACAAACGGCUUCGCAAUCGAGAUUACCUUCAUUGAAUUUCAACACUCUCUUAGAUCAUCAAGAAAAUGCGCAACGUCCAAACUCUUCUAUGGCCAGCUUGGAUUCUAGUCUUCCCUCAACCCACUCAACUGUUGCCUCUGCCACAGAUGCCAGAAAUGACUCGCCUAAUAUGGUCUCAGACCUGCUUGGGAACUCGCCUGCCUUAACCUCUGUUUCAAACUUGAAUAAUACCAUUGGAUCUAAUGCUACUGCCCCACCCCCUGUUGACCCAUUGGAAUCUAUCUGGAAGAAGAGCAAGGAAACUGAGGCAGCAGAUGGCUUGGAGAAAUCGUACUUGGAAAGUGCAGACCUUUAUAAAUCCAAAGAUUCGGCCGUCUUUGGUAAGACAUUCUAG